AAAGCCGAUUUGAUGGAUGCUGAAAAUAAAAAGGGAAAAAGGGAGGUUGAGCGAGCAAUGUGCAGCUGUCAGUGUCAUUUGGGCUGAUGAUUCAGGACUUUUUGCUCUAUGGCCUGGAUCAGAAUCUUGGCAGAGUCUCAAAAGUAGCAAAUCCAGUGCAACAAUAAAAACUGAUGAUCCUACAAACCCAUGGCGGAGGUUUAUAAAACAGGCAAGGCCGGCCAUGUUUUGGUUAUCGCCUGAGGAACCACGCAACCAGGAUGAGUAAGAUCACAUUUUACGAGGAUAAGAACUUUCAGGGCCGCUCAUACCAAUGUGAGAGCGACUGCCCAGACAUGCAGCCCCACUUCAGCCGCUGCAACUCCAUCCGAGUGGACAGCGGAUGCUGGGUUCUGUACGAGAAACCCAAUUAUGCAGGAUACCAGUACGUACUGACCCGUGGAGAAUAUCCCGAAUACCAACGCUGGAUGGGCUACAAUGACUCCAUUCGUUCUUGCAGGACCUUCUCUUAUAACCGCGGGGGGAAGUACCGCAUGCGCAUCUACGAGCGUCCUGACUUCCAGGGCCAGAUGAUGGAGUUCAGCGACGACUGCGAGUGUGUGCAAGAUCGUUUCCGCCACAGGGACAUCUACUCCUGCAACGUGAUGGAUGGCUACUGGACCCUGUUCGAACAUCCCAGCUAUAGGGGGCGCCAGUACUUUGUGCAUCCCGGCGAGUACAGGAAGUUCAGCGAUUGGGGUGCGGCAUGUGCCACCACCGGCUCCUUCCGCAGGAUAACCGAGUUUUAAAUGACCCACGCUCUUUAUGUCCAUGUAAUAAACCUCAUAAUGAAAUAAAAGAGUACACAUAAAGCAA